CAGGGGGUUCCCAUGUGGCCCAACACACACAGACUGUGGAGCUUGGUGGGGGGGCUGCCAGCUCAGGCCCUCAGAGCACUGCUUACGGAGCAGGAGGGCCUGGUGGGUGGGUGUGAGAGCCUGGAUUUACCCCCGGUGCUUGGUGGCCUGUCUCCUCCCAGUGUGUGCCCACCUCUUCGUGGGUGGAGACAGAGAGGUAGGCUCAAACCAUGGGGGCUCGAAGCACACACCCACUGAGUGUUAUCUGGGCCCCACCUGGGGUGCAGCAGUUGGGUGAGGCUGCGGUGGUGGCGGCUGCUGCUGGUGGGGGUUGAGACGAAAUCUGAGACACAGGCAGGAAGUGGGGGAGCUGCACACAGGCACCACUGCUCUGGGAGCUGCUGGCCUGCCCAGGCGGCUGAGGAGUGCCCUGUACCCGUGGCCCUGGUAAGUGCCUCCUUCGAACUCCAGCCUGGCCAGCUCUCCAGGCCUGCUGCUGCAUGCCCUCCUGGCAGCAUUCGAGGGCCGGGGCCUGGGAGGACCAGCCUCUACCAGGUCGCGCCACUGGGACCUCCUGUGUGGGAAGCCCACUCCCUGGGUCUGGGCAGACUCAGCCCCAACCCCCCAUAUCUGUGCUAGGCUUUGCUGAGUGUAGAGCGGACCCCCGUCCCCUGCAGCCCUGCUAAAGCCCCAGGAAGGAGACAGGUCCAACAGCAGGAAUGGAGGUGGGGGUGGAGAGCCAGGGAGAGGUUGGGGGAGGGUACUCAGUGCCCAAAGCAGCCCCUUUCUCCCAGCUGACCCCACCUCUUCAGCCCCUCAGGGGGCCAAGCUGUGGUGAAUGAGGAAGGCGUCACCUCAGACAGGGCCUUACCUGGGCAGGGCAGGGCUGCAGGUGAGUGUGGCCUGUGGCUUGAAGGCUCAUGCGUGUGACCUCAGUGGCGUCCCCAGGCCUCAGGUUUGGGUUGUAGUGACCACAGCGGAGCCUUGGCCAGGUUCUCUCUGGCCAUGCUCUGCGGUCAUGUGGGUUAUCGUCACUGGCUUGGGCACACAUGAGGCCAGGAAGAGCACACAUUCUCACACUGGCCAGGAGCCCCCACCCAGAGGCGGGAAAGGAAGGUGGGCGCUAGGCUGCGUCCUCCGCCUCUGUAGGAGGAGGGGCUGCUGAGCCUUGGGUUUCCUGUGUGCUGAGUCAGAGCUCCAGGGCAGGAGACCGCCAGCAUUGUGAGGCGAGGCGGGGUUGCAGGUGGGUGUCUAGUCCUUCAGCCAGUCCCCAGGACCCUUGUCUUCUGCCCUCAGGCCAGUCCGGGGCUACCCAGGAUGGGGCCACUGGUAACCUCAGCCCCUCCUGCCCUCUGGGUCCUAGGGUGCCUCACCCUGCUCCUCUGGCUGUGGGUGCUGUGCGCAGCCUGCCACAGGUAUGUCCCUCCCUUGCCUGGGUUCCAUGUGGAACCUGUUUCAGUGCUGUGGCCAGAGGGGGUGGGGCUCCAGGCAGGUCCCUCUUCACCAGAGGCUGAUACCCCUGCACCUCUACUCUGUGUCCCUGGCCUGACGACCCUCUUGCCCCCAGGAAUCAGGCUCAGAGGCAGCCAGCAGGGCUGCAGGGUACCACGAUGCCAGCGGAAAUGCAAGUCAGACACCAGACUGCAUGAGCUGCACCAGGGCCCGCUCCACCGCACAGCCCCUCGGCCUGCCAGCAUGGAUCUCCUGCGCCUACAAUGUCUGGAGGUGUCUAGAGACACCACCAGGCCCCCAGCCGCCUUCUCACACCGGGAUCUGCCCCAGACCUCACCUACUACUGCUGCUGCCCAGCCCUCCACGGGCCCUGAGGCCACCUAUUCCAAUGUGGGGCUGGCAGCCAUCCCCAGGGCCAGCCUGGCAGCCAGCCCCGUGGUGUGGGCAGGGGCAGGGCUGACCAGCAGCUGUGCCGGAGACGAGCCUGAGGCCAGAUCGGUGGUGGCUGAGUAUGCUUGUAUCCACAAGCUCAAGGCAACAGGUCGCGGUCCCCAAGGCCUGGACCAGGGGAAGGCCCAGGGGACCCCAGCCACUCAGGUGGAUACCCUAUACUCCAGGAUCAGCAGGCCUAAAAGGAGGGACCCAGGAUCUGCCCUAGACCAGCCGGACCCCAAAGGCAGGGUGGCAAUUCUGACUCGGGGGAGGAAUCUGGACUACGAGGCCCUCCCACUCAGGGGCCUGAGUACCCACAGCGACCUAGAAAACGUGUAUGAGAGCAUCCAGGAGAUGGGGGCUCAAGCCGGCAGCCUGCAGCUCGAGCUAACCGAUCAGACAUGAAGGCCUCCUGCUUCUCCUGCCUCAGCCUGCGGGGCUCAGCGACACAGGGGUCUCCAACCCCUCCCUGCCCUAGCACCCAAGUACAGAUGUUUCUUCUUCCAGCGUCCCUCUUCCCUCACAGUCACCCGCUGAGGGCAGCCUGAGAGCGUCUGGGGUCCUGGCUGCCCUGGCCUCUCCUGCCAGCGUCUUAAUAAAUGCCCAGCGCAGGGAGGAUGAACACC